GACUGAGCAGAGCGAGCGCAACUCUCCAGUCUGCGUGUGACAAAUCAAACGGGCAGCUGGAGUGCACAUCUCCGCCCGCCCGUCACCUGGUGACAGAGAAAACCGUCCGAAAUACAGACCCGCUACAUUUUGGUUGCAGAAACGGUCUUCAAUGGAAUGCAGUGCUAGUCGCAAAGACACAUUGCUACAAGUCCCUCGACCGUUUAAUUUUGAAACGGCAAUAACCCUUCCCUAGCACUUUGACUUGUGACAGGUACUUAUUAAACAAAAAAAAGAAGGCAUGGCGACUGGAUAUAAGCCGAAUGCAACGACGGACUUUCUAGAAGAAUGGAAAGCGAAACGGGAGAAAAUGAGAGCUAAAAUGCUCGGGGAUAUUGCCGCAUCGACCGGUGGGUGCAGCGUUGCCACUACGACCUCCUUCUCUAGGAAUACGAACAAAACACAGAACAGCGAAUUAAACAACAACGGCAACACAGGUAACGAGGCAUCAUCGUCUGUCAAAUCAUAUCCAGUGCUUCGGUCGUCGUCAUCCACUGCCCUAAGCCGGCGGCCGGAGGAUGACCAGCCCCAGACGCCACCCGGGCGAGGAAAUAGUCCUCCCGGUGGUAACCUGAAAGCGACACCUCAGCCGGAGAAAGUGCCCGGCACCCCGCAAUCGGAGUGCAGCGAGAGUGGGAGUCCAAGCCCCGUAACGGGACCGAGCAAAGGCAAGGAGAAGAAGAGCUCGGGUCCGAGCGCUCGGAAGGGGAAAGGCCAGAUUGAGCGGAGAAAACUUAGGGAGAAGCGGAGAUCAACAGGUGUCGUCAAUAUACCAUCAAACGAGGGCCUGGACGAGCCGGAAAACGAGGAGAGGAAGAGGGAGGAGGAGCUGACGCACCUCAACACAGCUCAGAACGAGGCCAUGACCUCCGACCCUGCUGCGCCAUACUGCUUACAGGAGACGCCCAGAGCGCCGCCAGGACGGCUCAGAAGCGCGGGCGCUCCAGGUUCAGAAGAGGAGGGAGGGGCCACCAGCAGGCGUCGCCCGGGAUACAGUCGCCAUGGCAGCGAGACCAGCGCCGCGGGGGGGAGUGGCCUGGAGAGGAGGGUGGAGGAACUGGAAAAGGAGCUGGUGAGGGAGAGGCAGGAGAACUGGAGGCUGCUGAAGGCUCAUCAGGACACAGACCAUCUGAUUGCCAAGCUGAAGGAGGAGAUCGACCUACUGAACAGGGACCUGGACGACAUCGAGGAGGAGAACGAACAGCUCAAGCAGGAGAAUAAGACCCUGCUCAAAGUGGUGGGUCAGCUGACCCGGUAGAACCACAAUAACCCCCCGAUCAAUAACCCCCCGAUCCCCGGUGCAGCCACAAUAAGAUCCGCACAGCCGUUCGGCCCUUGAGCAAGGCCCUUAACCCUGCAUUGCUCCAGGGGAGGAUUGUCUCCUGCUUAGUCUAAUCAACUGUACGUCGCUCUGGAUAAGAGCGUCUGCCAAAUGCCAAUAAUGUAAUGUAAUGUAAUCAGUCUGUCUGUCCAUCUGUUUUGGAGCUUCAAGGCUUCAUAUCUUAAAAAAAGCUUCUGUACUCCACAAUUGCAUGCAACUAGUGCACGGAUGUCCAAUUUUUUUUUUUUAAAGGCAACAUCGUGGUUUCAUUGGAUUAAUACACAAGCCGUUGGGGGCGAAAGUCUAUUUGUUGUAAAUAGGCCUCGGAGUUAAACUUAAAAAAUGAAAUUAAGUAAGGACAAAUAUUGAACGAAUGUGGUUUGCCGUCGAACAUGAGGCGUUCGACUGCCGGAGAUUUGGCCCCUCUUACCAAGAAGAGGUUGAGUUUAUUUCUUGACUGACACUAACUAACGCAGCCCUUCAGCAUUGACCUUUUAGUAACGUCACGACAAUGUUUGGGACAAUGUUAUAAACAUUGUUUCCUGAGUAUCUGUGUUUGUCUGAAGGACUUGUUUGCGAUUGGAUCUUGUAAUCAAGCCAAAGGAAUUUGCUAGCAUCAAAAUUGUAACAAAUUCCCUUAUGCAAAAGGUGCACAUUACAUUAAUUGUGUUUUACAUUGAUUGUGUUUUACCUUAAUUGUCUUUUGGCAAUGAUGCCUUGCCCUUUUGAUCAUAAACCUUUUGUUCAGAUGGUAAAGUUUUAAAAAUUGCAUCCAGAAUAUCACUCAACACAUUUUCUAUCAUGCCUUCUAUCAUAAACUUUCUCUGUGAAAUAAACAUUGUUUUAUUAUCUUCAGGAUGUGAAUGUGGAUGAACAAUAUCUGGGCAACAACCUGCAGAAAUGUUAUAUGAAUUUAUGAAAAGGCAGUUCUGAGAUGAUUAUUAUUCAUAGGGGUGUGGCUUUUGACUGAAAUAUUUCUCAAGCUGUUUAUAAUACAUUUGUAAGGUGAGCGAAACUUAUGAAGCAACCUAUUACAUUUAUAACUCCAUUGACCAAAAGAAUAUACUUUUGCAGAUAUUUAGUAUUAAUUUCUGUCAGCUCCUUUUGCAUUUAUUUAAAGCCGCAACAUAGUACAUUUGGCAUAUUAUUGUUACAAAAUAUAUUAUUUUGGCUAAUUUAGAUAUCAGUCUUCAUCCUUGGGCUUAUUUUGAAAUGAUAACAAACUUCUUAGCCAUCGUAACCUCAAGAAAAGGUUAUUAUCUCUCAAACGAGAUGUGUCGUUCAAACAUUCCGUUUAGGCUCUAACGGAAAGAUUUUGAUGAACCACCCCAACACUCCCCCCGCACACGUGUGUAUAAAAUUGGAAUUCGUGUAAUAAACGUCUGAUUUUUCUCUUUU